AUGAGACUGCUCUUCUUAUUGUUUCCUCUAGUGGCUGCCACACCAUUAGAACAUUUUCGUCAAAAUGGAAUUGUAUAUGAUUUGUAUGGACAAGGAAGAUUAAUUCAAGGAGACGAACAGUGCAGACCAUGGACUAUGAAUAUCUUUGCCUAUGUCGAUAUGUUCAACACCAAGGAAAUGACCGAGUAUGGCAGAGCCAUCUUAAAGAGAAGACUGUUUGAAUCUUUCGCUAAGAUUUGUCAAACAUUCCAAAUCGAGACUGAUGUUACCCAGCUGUCUGAAAUGACCCCAUCUGAUGAGCAACUUUCUCUGCGUUUCAUGGAUCGUUUCGAACUUGCAUGGAAUGUUUUGAAGUUCGAAAGAGACUUGAAAUCACUUUUCUUGGAACACAAGAUAAACACACCUUUCCUCUUCCUCGUCAACGAGCCUGAGCUACGUCUGUUCCAACUUCCAAGCAAAGAAGAAUUCGCUCAGAUGACUACUAUCUUCCCAAAUAUGUGCAACUUGACCGAGCUUUCUCUGGAGACUAAGGUCUGCACCAAAGUUAAUAAUCCUUCAAUGAGCGGUAACAUCUAUGCUAUUGCUCACUCUGGAAUGUUUGUUAACCACGAAGAAGCCUAUGUGUACUAUGAUGUUCCCAAGUACGUGAUCAUCGAUAAGGACCGUGUGGCUGCUGUAGAUGUCAGCAAAUGCAAAGUUAUCUUCGGAACCUAUAUCUAUUGUUUCACUACCAUCCCAACCAAGUGCAACACUACUUCAUUGGACGGUUGUCAACUCAUGGGAGUCAAGUCCAACAUGGAUGCCUUCUAUUUGGCCAGACAGUUCGGAACAGGUCAAAUCGUCGCUACCAAGAUGAAGGAAGCUGAUGUUUUGGGAAAUGGUACUAUGAUCAACGUUCCAUCCAACCAGUUCUCACUCCGACUUUCAUACAGAAGCUCUGUUGAAGGACAUGUGAUUGACGAAGUUCGUAUGAUGCCUGUCCAAAAUGAAAAUCCAGCAACACCUUUCAUUUUGGGAGAGACUUUGCAUGUUCUCGGAGAGAAACCAAUUGCUCUGUAUAAGGUUGUGAGGAAAGGACAAGUUUACUUCAGCCACAAGAUGCCCCGCCCAACAGUCUGGGAUGGAGUUCGCGACUUCUUCUUACAUUUGGUUUAA